GGCCUUGUGAACACAGUUAACCACCACACGUCACUUUUGCAAGUUUCAGUUUGAAUCAACCGCCAUUAUUAGUGAAGCUUCCAAAACGUCGACGUUUCAAUCAGAAACCCUAGAAUUCCGCAUCUUCAUCGCGAUCGUAGCAGCGAAGCGUGAUGGCGACGGUAAGACCUUUACCGGAAUCUGUUCGUAGCUCAAUUCGUUCUGCAUUUUCGUUGUUCGACUUCACAAGAAUCGUUGAGGAACUUGUUUACAAUAGCCUCGAUGCUCGCGCUACAAAGGUUUCAGUGUUUGUUGAUAUUGGAAGCUGCUACUUGAAAGUAGUUGAUGACGGAGGUGGGAUUACUCGAGAUGGACUGGAAUUGGUGGGAGAAAGAUAUGCUACAUCGAAAUUUCUUAAUUUGGCGGACCUGAAUGCUACCAGUGAAAACUUCGGUUUUCGUGGUGAAGCUUUAGCUUCCAUUUCUGAAGUCUCUUUGUUGGAAAUAGUGACAAGAGCUUAUGGACGGCCAAAUGGAUAUAGGAAAGUAUUGAAGGGUUGCAAGUGUAUAUAUCUUGGUAUUGAUGAUGAUAGAAAGGAAGUAGGCACAACAGUCAUUGUCUCUGAAAUAUUCUACAACCAACCAGUUCGGAGGAAACAAAUCCAAUCCAGCCCCAAUAAGGUACUUCAAUCAAUCAAGAAAUGUGUGAUGCGGCUUGCACUCGUGUGCCCAAAUAUCUCCUUCAAAGUUGUUGAUAUUGAAAGAGAAUAUGAACUUUUCUGCUCACAUUCUGCUGCUUCUCCACUGUCACUUGUAACCACUGGCUUUGGGGUGGAGGUCACAAACUCUCUCCAUGAAUUAGAAGUUGAAAACGAUAUCAUAAAGCUUACUGGAUACAUAUCAGGUCCUUGCAAUACCCUGGAUAUGAAGGCCUUACAGUAUCUCUAUAUCAACUCCCAGUUCGUUUGCAAGGGACCUGUUCAUAAGCUUUUAAGUCAAUUAGCUAUUAGAUUUGAGCAUCGUAACUCGUGGAGUGCUGAUAAUGAAAGCCAAAACAAAAAGAGAGGCAGAUUUCAACCAUGCCCGGCAUAUAUCUUGAAUUUAAGGUGCCCCCGCUCUUUAUAUGUUUUGAGCUUUGAGCCGUCAAAAACUUAUGUUGAAUUCAAGGAUUGGGCUCCAAUACUAAACUUCAUUGAAAAGGUCAUCAAACAGUUCUGGGAGGGAAGCAUAGCUUGUGGAGAUUCCUCCAACAAAGCCUCUUAUAUGGUUCAAGAAGAUCAACGUGAGAAAGUAGAUGCCACCAUUUCAGCAGAAGCAGAUAUAUCAAAGUUUGGAAGCCAAAAUCGUAAGGAUUGUUUAGACCUCUUCUUUUCCACUUCAGACAAGCUAAAUGAAGAUGACAAUCAUCAGUGCUACAGGGAGGAUGUGAUAACCUCUAUUGAUUACUUAUAUCGAGGGACCAAGAUCUUGAAAGAGAAACAAAAAAAGGGAGGCCAUCUUUGUCAGACCGGUUAUUCUGGCAAUUUACUGGAUGUUUCUUAUGCCAAAAGCAUGUCCACCAUUAUGAAAAAGAGUAACAGUUUUUUGACGUAUGAUAACAAUGAUUUAUGGCAAGGAGUUCACUUUUUGGAUGGUAUGUGUCCUGCUGCCGAAAGUUUCUAUGAUAAUAUUCCUUCUUAUGCAAGAAGUUCUUCACGUGGAAGAAAAUUAAAUGAAGAAGAUGCUGGCAUGAUCUGUGAAUCAUUUGAAGGUUAUGAAUGCCAUGGGUUCGGUUAUGAUGAAGAGAUUGGUUGGAAUUUUCAAAAGCCUUUUCUAAAGAGCUGCUCUACACAAAAAGAUAGUAUCCUGAACGAGAAGACUUUGCUUGUAAAUGAUGAACUUCAACUCCAAACCGAUAGCUUUUGGAGUAAGCAAAACCUAGGGGAGGAUUUUUGCAGUGGUAGUAAGGAUUUAUACACCCGUCCCUGUGUAGAAGUUGCAAAAAAAUUAAAGAUGUCUGAAGAUUCUGAUUUUCUUGUAAAAGCAUGGCCUGAAGAAAAUUGUCUCCCUCUAGAUUCAUGGUAUUCAGCAACACAAAUAGGUAACUCUGGUUCUGAUGAUCGGUUAUCAAACUCUGAAUGGCAUCAUGUCUACCAAGAAUCCUCAUCUCGAGCUACUGCAUUGAGUGUUUAUCAUACCAAUGAUAUUAAUGAUCUUGCAGGAUCAUCUAGAUGCAAUAAAAGGAUUCCUCGUACACCAAUUUUCGAUGACAAAGAAAAUGGGAACAUUUUCAGCUACGAUCUUGGAGGAGCAUCCAGAUGCAGUACAAGGAUUACACAUAUUUUUGACGAUGAAGAAAAUGGGUACAACUUCAGUUAUGACAUGUCAAGGAAUGCUAACCAGGAUCCCUGCACCUCAAGUUUUGCAAAUAGUGGAUUUAGUUUUGAUGGUGCUGUUGAUUGUAAAGAAAUAUUCAACAGAUUGGUUGACUGGCCUGAUUUCCAUGAUACACAUUUCACAAAAAGGUCGGAUAUUUUAAUUGAGGAGCCAGACUGCCUAUUACCUGAGUCAUGUGUUAUAAAAUGUAACAGACCCAACAUUAUAAAAGGCGAUAGGGAUCUUUUUAGGCACCCAACUUUGGAAAAGACUCGUGUAAGAUCUAAAAGAAGCUUCUCAGCUCCUCCAUUUCACAGAAGUAGAAGGAGGUUUUUCUCUUUAAAUCAGCCUCCUCAAAUGGUAGCUAAAAGACCUAGCGGUCUAGCAUCCGACCCUGCUUCCAGUCUUCUAGAAGCAAGUGAUUUUAAAUAUUCUCAACAUUCUCCUGACGCUCUUAGCCCCAACAAUGAAGAUCUAUUGGAUAAUCUUAAAACUAAUGUGAAACGGAGUUCAGAGGUUCUGGGGGCUACACAGGUUAAUGACACUGCUGAGACUGAAGGGUUUGAAAGUUUCAAUGUUCAACAGAAUGAUCCAUUCAGGGAAUUGAUAUCUAAGGAAGUGCAAGAUUCCGUAGAUUAUGGGACUAAAUGGAGGAGCUGCGCACCUCAAACUCCAAAGAAUGAUAAAAUUGACAUUCAAAGUCAAAAUAAUAUACUUGAUAUCUCUUCUGGAUUCUUGCAUCUUGCUGGAGAUUCACUGAUCCCUGAUACUAUCAGCAAGAAAUGCCUUGAGGAUGCCAAAGUUCUUCAUCAGGUGGAUAAGAAAUUCAUUCCAAUCAUGGCUGGCAGAACCCUUGCUGUUAUUGAUCAGCAUGCUGGAGAUGAAAGAAUCAGACUGGAAGACUUGCGUCAAAAGGUAUUAUCUGGAGAAGCAAAAGCAAUAACCUAUCUAGAUGCUGAACAGGAGCUGGUACUGCCAGAGAUUGGUUAUCAACUACUUCAUAGUUACAGGGAACAGAUUAAAGAUUGGGGCUGGAUAUGUAACAUUCAUACUCAAAAUUCUGAAUCCUUUAGAAGGAAUUUGGAUCUUCUCAACAGACAACAAAUGACAAUUGCUCUUGUUGCGGUACCAUGUAUUUUAGGUGUCAAUUUAAAUGAUGUUGAUCUUUUAGAGUUUCUUCAGCAGCUAGCUGAUACUGACGGAUCAUCAACAAUGCCACCCUCCGUUGUACGACUCCUAAAUUCGAAAUCGUGCAGAGGUGCAAUUAUGUUUGGGGAUUCAUUGCUACCAUCAGAAUGCUCCCUUCUAGUUGAAGAGCUAAAGCAUACAUCCCUCUGUUUCCAGUGUGCUCAUGGGAGACCAACCACUGUUCCUCUAGUCAACUUGGAGGCACUGCGUAAUCAAAUAGACAAGCUUGGACUGAUGAAUAAGAGCUCAAGUAACAAGUGGCAUGGAUUACAAAGACAUGAAGUGUCUAUUGAUCGUGCAGUACAGCGUUUAAGUUCUGCCAAUAGUUGAGACUUCAGAAGAAACUAAUGUUGUUACUUACUGCUAAUAGUGGAGAGAUCAGUUCGACAUCAAUAAUGCUUCACUGCUAAAUCAUUCUUUUUGAUCUGACUGUACAUAAAAAAUAAUAAAACAACUGACAAACAAUUGUUAACAUGGAUAUUGAUGUAAUACCAUUUGAUCAAGUUUUGUAAUAACAAUGGAUCGAAUGCAGACACAAAAUAAGUCAAUAAUCAAUAUGCAAUUUUGUUUGGCCUUAUUA